AUGGGCUUCAAAUUCACCCUCUUGUGUGAUCUGCUGUCCAACCUAGACAAUAGCAAAACGGCCAAGGCAUCCACGGCGGCCAGGAACCAGAAUCCUGACACUAAAACAGUCGCCCAGUGGUUCGCUCGACACGAACGGACCAUCCAUGAUGCCAAAACAGACAGGGUGGCGUUGCUUUCCUGCAUGUUCCCCGAAAAACGAACGGACCGGGUAUACUGGUUGCAAGCAAUGCAGCUAUCAAGAGUCAUCGGGCGCUGCUUAGGCUUGGGAUCGUCGAGACUUUCUGAACUGAAUCGAUGGCAAAGUCCUGGUGGUUUUGAUCUCGGAGCAUGUGUUGAAACUGUCAUGCGGCAAGCCGAGAAUUACAUCCCGGCGGGCCAGGAGUUAUCGGUAGAAGAAAUCGAUCGCGCCAUGGUGAGAAUUGCAUCGCGUUGCCGCUUCUCUGGCCCUCAAGUUCGCCGGACCCGUACAGCUGUGGACGUUGAAGAAACUCUAUCAAAACUGUAUCGUCGAUUGAGUAGCCGGGACGCGAAAUGGCUCACUCGCAUGAUUCUCAAAAGCUACUCCCCGGUCGUUUUUCCACAAAAUUAUACUCUGAAGAAAUUCCACUUUCUUCUUCCGCAAUUACUCCAGCUUCAGAACUCUUUCGAAGGGGCGUUGGAGAUACUUGCCUCGGACCCAAUAAACAAUUUCCCUCCAAACCCGGAUCCCCAAACAGCCAGAAGUCUGAACGAAAUUGCCCUACAGCAUAUGCGCCCUCGUCCUGGUAUCAAGGUUGGACGACCUGAUUAUUACAAAGCUCGGAGUAUCAAACAUUGUCACCAAAUGGUCAACGGUCGUCGAAUGAGCAUCGAACGGAAAUACGAUGGUGAAUACUGUCAGAUCCACGUCGAACUCUCUAACAAAUAUACGCCCAUUCAGAUUUUCUCGAAAAGUGGCAAGGAUUCGACCGCAGAUAAAGAUAAGAUCAUACCUGUGAUAGAAGAAUCGCUCCGCACUGGAUUGCCUGGCUGCGAAUUUACGUCUCGCUGUAUUGUUGAGGGAGAACUGCUUGUGUGGAAUGACCAGAGUGGUCAAGUGAUGGAUUUCAACAAAAUUCGGAGGUUUAUUCCAAGAUCUGGCACCAUGAUUGGCGUUGAUAAUGAUUCUCCGCCACAACCGUACGAGCACUUGAUGAUCAUGUUCUUUGACAUUCUUCUCCUCGAUGACGACGUAUGCCUUGCCAAGCCCCAUCGGGAAAGACGACUGCUCUUACAGAAAGUGGUGAAGACCAUCCCGGGCCGAGCGGAUCUCGCCUAUCAGGAAGUUCUGGACUUCAACCGAGCUGAUAGCUACCAUCGGCUCGAAAAGAGUUUUGAGAAAGCAAUCGCUAAACGUUGGGAAGGGUAUGUCUUGAAGGCUUCCGACGAGCCUUAUUUUCCGAUAUACUCUACUGGUGUAGACCAUAUGUUUGGCCGAUGGAUCAAACUCAAGAAAGAUUAUAUACCUGGUCUUGGAGACACAUUAGACCUUGCGUUGAUCGGAGCUAGCUACAACGCGCGAGAUGCUUCUGAUCUGCGACAAAUCAAAGGGCUGAAAUGGACACACUUUUUUGUUGGCUGUCUUCUGAAUCCAGAUCGGGUCAAAGAGGGCGAUGCUUUGCCGCAUUUUCAAAUCGUCGAUGUGAUUAACCGACAUAGCAUGAGCAUUCAGACCAUGCAAACUCUUAAUCAAAUCGGCGAGUUUUAUGCACGUGAACCUGAAACGUUCGAAGGCUUUCAUAUUGAUUACGGGCACGAAGCUCUCCCCACUGCAACCAAAUUGUUCAAGUACCCGUUCAUCGUCGAGAUGCUGGGCAGUGGGUUUGAAAAACCGUCUGGUGCGAGAUACUCCACACUUCGAUUUCCUCGGAUUUUGAAGAUACACUCGGACCGAACGCUGGCGGACUGUACUUCUUUCUAUGAACUGCAGCUGUCAGCAGAACAUGCCCGGGCUGUGCCUGCAGAUGAACUGGAGGAACGUGAAAGAUGGUCCAAACGCCUUAAGGUUGGGGGUCAACCUGAUCAAUAUAUUGUGCGAUCUCGAAGCCCAGAAGCGACUUGUUCAGACACCGACGAUGAGACAAAUCCCCCGUCAUCCCAGGCUCACCAAGCCGUCACUACUUCUGGAGAAAGCCUUAUGGACGCGAGUCCAUUGAUAGAAGGGCUGGUUGAAGAUUCAAUGAUAAAAGACAGCCAUGAUCAUCCACUGUCCCCUCUAGUCUAUAUCGAUGAGACGACACUUCCCACGGAAGAGGAGAACUCUGUUCUUGAGAGCAUUAUACUCGUGGACAAUGAAAAUCUAUCAUCUCGUCAACAUCGUAGCCAGAAGGAUGGAAAGAUCGCAUGGCAGGAAUCUUCGAGCUUUUCACGUCCCAUAUGGGCAACCAAAUUCAUUUCUGCACGCAAAGAACACUCUCAAAAAUUAUACGGGGCGCAGGAACCCCUUUCGGGCAAGAUUUUGGUGCCUACAUCGCCCAAGCAGAAACGCAAGAUGCCACCCCAAUCUCCUUUAACAACUAUCCCCAUAUGGACGCCGGGAACAUCACUGGGAAGUUUUACACUCCCGCAGAUGUAUGAAAAGCCCAGCAAUGAUCGCGAUUUGGAUGAAUUUGUUCGGUGUCUCUGCUCUGAUGAAUCUGCUUCUUCCCUUCAAAAGUCCAACCCUUAUACCGCAUCGCAGGGGUCCAGGUUUGGCAUAGUCCUGUUUGAUCCCAUAGCAACUCAACUGGGGAAAGAGAUGCACCGUCUUGCCAAGACUCUUUCCAUUUUCGUUGAUACUGGAGUAUGUCCACUGCCCUCCAUGGGAAGCAUAUUCUUUCUGGGCUCGAACAUGUUGGAAUGUGAUCUACGCCCAGAUGACCUUCGUUUCUGCCUGCGUGAUACGUGGACAGAUAUUGGACGCGAUUAUUUCUACGGCUGUCUCUCAUGGAGUCUCAGCAAGCGUUCUGAAGAUAUAUCCACCGGAAGAGGGGACUUCCGCUCUGAAUCGGAUCGCUAUUGUUAUGAUAUGACAGAGACAACAGAGCCUCCGGUCUCGGCGGUCUCUGGACCAAGGACGCCAUGGAUUGAGAUGAGCUUCGAUGAAACAGCUAUUGCUGUGUUGGGCGAGUAUAUCUCAAUUGAACCUCUAGCUCAUAUCUUAUAUAAUUAA